CCCUGACUGAAGACAGAUCUUAACUCUUUUCUCUCUCGGGAUUUCAGGUGUACCAAUGGAACCUCUCUCAGUGUCAACUAACACCUUCACUAUGGAUCUUUACAAAAAGCUGGAUGAAACUUCCAAAGGCCAAAACAUUUUCUUUUCUCCUUGGAGUAUUGCAACUGCUCUUGCCAUGGUCCACCUGGGUGCAAAAGGUGACACUGCAAGUCAGAUGGCUGAGGUUCUUCAUUUUAAUCAGACUGCAAGAGAAGAGGGUUCAUCUGAGACAACAAUACUUUCUCCAGCAAGACCAAAGAAAAGAAAGAUGGAUUCUGAGCAUGAAGGAGCAGAAAACAUCCACUCUGGCUUCAAAAAGCUCCUGUCUGACAUCAACAAACGCAGAAGCACUUACUUGCUGAAGAGUGCCAACCGACUGUACGAGGAAAAGUCCUACCCAUUAUUGCCUAAGUUCUUACAACUCAUUACAAGCUAUUACAAUGCAAAGCCACAAGCUGUAAACUUUAAGAGAGCUGCAGAACAAGUCAGAGCACAGAUCAAUUCAUGGGUAGAAAAUAAAACUGAGAGGAAAAUACAGAGUCUGCUGCCUGCAGGAUCUCUCCAUUCUCGCACUGUGUUGGUCUUAGUAAAUGCCAUUUAUUUCAAAGGAAAGUGGGAAAAGAAAUUUCUGGAGAAAAAUACUUCUGAGAUGCCCUUCAGAAUAAGCAAGACCAAGAUUAAACCAGUACAGAUGAUGUUUUUGAAAGAUACAUUUUUCGUACUCCAUGAAACCACCAUGAAAUUCAGAAUCAUUGAGCUGCCAUAUGUGAAAAAUGAACUCAGCAUGUUUGUUCUCCUACCCGAUGACAUCAGUGAUAACACUACUGGCCUGGAGCUGGUGGAAAGAGAGCUGACAUAUGAGAAAUUGGCUGAAUGGACCAAAUCAGACAAUAUGAUGAAAGCUGAAGUGGACCUGUACCUGCCCAAGCUGAAGGUGGAAGAGAAUUAUGACCUUAAAUCCCCUCUGAGUAGCAUGGGGAUACAAAAUGCAUUUGAACCAGGUCAGGCUGAUUUCACAGGAAUGUCAGUGAAGAAGGAUCUUUACAUCUCACAAGUUAUUCACAAAGCUUUUGUGGAAGUCAAUGAAGAAGGUACCGAGGCAGCAGCUGCCACAGGUGUCUUGAUAAUGAGAUCAAGAGUCCCAACAACGACUUUCAAAGCUGACCACCCUUUUCUUUUCUUCAUCAGACACAACAAAUCGCAAACCAUCCUCUUCUUUGGCAGGUUUUGCUCGCCCUAGUCAGUGAAUCCUUACGCUGUGAAGCAGGACAAUUUUGCUUGCUAGCACAGAGGCAAACCCCACACCUGAAGCUCUCUGCAACUGGGGGAGCAGGACUUACUUGAACCCCUUCUUCAUCACACCACACACCCUGACACCUGAGGCACAGCUCCUCCAGUGCCUCCUUCCUAAGCUGAAGGGACAACCACGGCAGUGCCGUGGGGAGUGUACCAUGCCUUGCACCCACAGAGCAAUCCUGGCUGUCAUUUGGAUCAGGCCAUCAUGGCUAGCUCUGCCCUUACCACGAUAACCUAUGGCAUUUCUACCUCUCACAUUCACAGCAUUGUGCACAAAUAUAUUUUGCCAAAGGCUUUCUCCUCACCCUCUUAAGGAAGGCUGCUUAUCCUGAUGUGGUCCUAGCAUGUACUCCCAGCCUGCAGCAGUCAGACCCAACUCCUGCUUUUUAGCCCUGGACUAAGCCCCUGAGUUAUUACUGCAGACAGGUCAUCCCAAUCUUCACCCUGUGCCCAUCCCUUUGCUUUCCUUCCACAUCUCAGCUGCAAGUCUUCAUCAGCUCCCAAUAACCCUCAUGUUGCUCUACAGAUUCCUUUUAAUAAAACUAAAAAAAAAAAAAAAAAAAAAAAAACCCAAACAAAAACAAAAAAAAACCCCACCACCUCUUUAAGGGCUAUCUGCCUCACUCAGACCCCUCAGGAAUGCGAGGAAGGGUUAAACCCGUACGGUGUCUGGCAACAGCAGCGGCGCGAUUUGGCUCAAAGCAAUCCUAGCUUCAAAAAUAAGUAACAGUAACUGAAGACGCCUCACGGACCGAGGGUGUUUUCUGUCAGCUCUGCCACGAGGGGGAGGUAGAGGCGGAGAGACACGGGCCGUGGCCGGGGGAGCUGCAAGGGGAGGAGAGGGAGGGGAGGGGCGGUUGCCGGGACUCCCUGAGGCGGGGGCCGCCAUUUUUCCGGGAGGGGCUGCGGGGCCUGUCCGUUCCCGGCGGCCAAGGGGGAAGCGCCUCAGGCUCCCGCUAGAUCCCGGGAGGGGCUGGGCUCCCGUCCCUUCCCUCUGCUCGGCCGCGCUUCCGGGAGCAGGGAGCGCGGCGGCUGGCAGGGUGAGUGCGGCGCCCGCCUUGCUGUGGCUGCUGCUGCGUUGUCUUGA